GAAAAGGACGGGUUUUAGUGGAGGUCCGCGUUAUACAUACUCAUAUAUAUACUUAUACUACUAUAUACUAGUAUACAAUAUGAAGUCAGUGUUAUCUCUGUGUAUAUUUUAUAUCAUUCCAGUAACAAGUUUAUUCACACAAGUUUACAAUGUUCAACCAGAUUUUAAUAGUGUGGUAACCAAGGACGCUUAUUACCAAGAUGAUACCAUACAACCAAAUGAUCUCGUUCCUCGUUAUAGAGGACUAACAUCAGAUGAUCUCAUGGAAAAUGAAUCUCAAUCACAAAACUUCCUAGAUGAAAUGGAAGAUGAAAAUGACUCAGAUAUAUUAUCUGACCUAUUUAAUACAGAUGUUGAAACAGCAGUGCAUCAUUUACAGAAACGAUCAUAUACCAAUCGGAUCGAUGCUAAGAUAGAAGUUCUGGUAGUUGUAGACAACUCCAUAUAUAGACAUUAUAUGAAGAAAAGUCGUAACAAGGAACGUGUGGCUCUUGCCAGAAUAAGAAGAUAUUAUGGAAUGGUGUUUGCUAUGGUGGACCAAAGAUUCCAAACUAUUACAGAUCAUGAAAUAUCAAUCACGGCUAAAAUAUCUGGAAUCCAUAUAGCUAAGUCUCGGCAAGAUUCGGCCUGGUUAGAAUAUGUAGUAGAAUGGGGUAAAAGUGGAACCAUUGGACGAGUCGAUGCCAACGUUGCUCUCAGAAGUUUCCAGAAAUGGUUGAAAACCCAAGAAGAUUUACCUAAAUACGAUCACGCCAUCGUCUUUACCAGAUAUCUGUUGAUAAAUCGUGGCAAUGUAGAAGUGGGUGGUAUGGCGUUUGUUGACUCGAUUUGUAAGACAGACGAAGGCAGUAGUUCUUCCAUUGUGGCUGACUUGGGAGACUUUCAGUGUGUCAAGGUCGCUACCCACGAAUUGGGUCACAGUCUGGGAGCCCAGCAUGAUGGAGAAGGUAUAAGUUCUGAUUGUCCACCAGACGGAAAUUACGUCAUGGCACCACAGAAUACCAAUGAUAAGAAUAAACUUAAAAACGCCUUUACCUUCUCACACUGUUCUGUGCGUCAGAUGAAAGCAUUGCUAAGGACAGAUCUGGGUAAAUGUGUUCAAGAUAGACCUGUUGUACAUUACCAAUAUAAUCUAGAGAGGCGACCACCUGGUCAAAUCUAUUCUGCUUCUGUCCAGUGUAGACUUAUAUUUGGGAAGAAAUCCGGGUUUUGUAACAAAGGUAAAAUGAAAUCGUAUAUGUGUGGUCAACUAUGGUGUAAAGAUCCUAUCAAUCCUAGAACAUGCCGAACCCAUUCCUAUCUUACAGCUUUACCUGGUACUAAAUGUGGCAGAAGCCGGACAUGUCAUCUAGGCGAAUGUGUACGACACCCUAACAGUGCUGUUUUAUUUAAACCAUCCAUAUCUAACUCCAUAUCGUUAAAUAAUUCACCGUAUAAGACAAGAACUAAUUUAAAUAAUAAAAUACAUAGAUUAUCACCCGCUAGAGGGCGUCUAGCUAGACCCAGAUCACGAGCAAGGGCACGAUCUCAAAGAAAAAAACCCGAAAACUGUAAAGAUAAAAACGAGACUUAUUGUAGUGGUUUAUUGAGUAUAAAUCCACGUGCCUGUCGCAGACGUCAACUAAAUGAAUACUGCUGUAAUACGUGUUUCAGCCGACGGCGGUAAGGAUGGUGAAAACAUCCUGGAUUAAAAAAAAACGAUAUCUUAAACUCUUAAAAUUAUCCAAAAUCAUUUUGAAAACAGUAACCGGAUAUCGUCGGUAAAGGUGAUAUAAACACCACACCGUUAGACCACCGUAAAUAUAGACAGAGCGGCCAUUUUGAAAUGCCGGGAAAUCGUCAGAUGGAAAUGGCCGACAUUAAUGAAAGAAAAGUGGGUAGAAAGGUGUAUUAUGUUUGGUGGAGAUGACCGAGUGGGAAAUGUGCAAUAUCUUAGAUAUAUUCCUAUGAUAUUCAUACCGUGUAUACCUGAUUAAUUACUUUAAAGGUACAAAACCUAUGACGUUUUUAAAACUUAUGUGUCUCAUUGAUUACAUUAUAUUGACUCAUUUAAGGGUAACGGGCGAUUUAACGGAAGCACCGAAAGUACAUCUGGUUACUGACGUGUACUUUCGCCUUUAACAUAAACUUUAAAAAGAGUAAUCUCUCUAAUUUGGUGGCAUCUAAACACCUACACAUCUUUGAUGCAGUACGAUGUCGUUCUACAAAUAUACGAACACUUCAGAUUAAAUUAACACUUUUUGUUCAACUUAAGUUUUCUUCAAAGAAACCACCACUGAUUGCUGGCUUUCGAUAUGGUAUUAGGAAUUUACUGUAUUUUAGACAUACCAUGAAUUACAAAGUUGAAUUACAAUGAUUUUUUAUGACCCAGGUUGAUGGUAUUCAGAAUUUACUGUAUUUUAGACAUAGCAUGAAUUACAAAGUUGAUUAAUUCUUAAGUUGAAUUGUAAUGGGGUUUUUAUGACCCAGAUUGAUAUGACGUAAUAACAUUAUAAAAAUAUGGAGAUAUUUAAACAUUCCAAUUUGUAUAAAGUGUAAAAUAAACCAAGGUGUCCAUAUUGUGUCAGUAUUAUUUAUUGUUGUAUUAUUUUAAUCAAAAAAUAAGUUGUCAAUUUUUUUAAAAUAGAUUUAAUUUUUUUACCAUGUUGUAUUUUUAGUACGUGUCAUUAUUUAAGCUAUAGUAUUGUGGGGUUUUUUUAUAAAUAGUUUUUAUGUGUGUUUGUCAUUAUUAUAGGAAUUGGAUGUUGUGUGGUUUAGCAUCUCUCUCAACAUAAAACUUUGUAAAUUUUUUAUUAUUUCUGGGUGUGCAAUGUGAUGAGAAGACUAUGUUUGGGGAGUGGCAUUUCCACCUACCCCCUUCUGCUUAGUCACGGUUAUUAUCCCACCCCGAACGGAUGUAAAGGGAGGGGUAUAGAAACGAGCUCCGUCCUUCGUCUCAGAUCUGUUUCUGCGGGGAGAUCUCAAGAACUACUCAUACCGACCAGGUAUAGACGCUAAAGCGGCAAUUACGAACGCCAGAACAAUUUGUUGCCGUUAAUCAACCUUUAAAUCAUACUAAUCAUUUAAUAUAUUAUCUAUUUUAUCUCUCUAUCACGUCUCUUACUGUUAAACAAACGUUGCUUUGGUGGCCUACCGGUUUAAGAAUAAAGAGUUUGCAAUAUUUAUAUCUAAGUAAUGUGGCGGUUUGUAGUAGAUUCAAUUUUGUAGAUGACCAUAAUAUAGCAUGUUUUAACUGGGAGAAUUUGGGUUUUUAAAAUUAACAACUAUUGCUAAAGUUCUGUGUCGAGUGAAAGUGGGAGGGGGGGGGGGGGACCGAAUGAGUCAAGUGGCGUGUUUUUGAUUCCCCGCUUGCACGUGACAAAGUAUAUGAUCCCUUGUCCAACCUCGCGGGUUUCCUCCCACUGCUAAAGACCCUUAUGGGCAAGCGAAUAAUUGAAAUAAAAUUGAACCGUGUGCUAGUCCCGGAAUGACCUAGUUUGUGUCGAGUGGACGUUAAACCCAUUUUCUAUGUCUUUCUGUGUCGAACGAGGAUAUAGUUAUAUAUAGUUGAUCUCAACUGUAGACGGGGCAAUAAGUAAACUUAUGUUAAUUAAGAUAAUAAAUAGAGUUAUGUAGACUGUCGGAUGAUAAUGUGGUUAUAUUGUAUAAAAUCAAGUGAUAUACGGGUUUUGUGUGAAUAAAACUUAAAUAUACUGAUAUAUAUCAGAAUCUUCACUUAAUGUAAGUAUAGUAUAGGUGUAAUUAGAGGAGAAUCUAUAGGUACAUUAACUAUUAUAUGAGGUUGUCGGUAAUGUAUGAGGAGUGUAUUCUAGUCCAGAUACUACAUAAAUAUAUCUUAUAUUAAAAUCAUUAUCGUCUUCGCCACAAAAAUAUCCUUUAUUUGUCACAAUAGAUGAAAAUUUCGUGUCCCAUUUUAAGCCGCUACUAAUUAUCUUAAUAAAAACUCGGCGAUCACGAUCAUACAUAGGGUACAUUAUGCUGAUUUCUAUCUUCGAAGUUUUUAACUUUAUACCUGAAACUAAUGGAUAAAUUUUACAUAAAAUGUUGGUCAUUUAGUUCAUGACAAUCGGGAGUACUCGUCAGUCUAGUCGAUUUUCACCGUUAAAAGAUUUGGGUUGAUACUUCUUAAGCCCGAUUCCUACUACAGGUAUCAAUCGAAUGAAAUAUCACUGGGUACGGCAAAAUAUUUCUGGACCUAAACGACUGAAGGAAAUAUCAGUGAGAUUAAAGUCGAAUUGCAUUCAAUUGACAACAAUGAUGAAUCGCACUUGAUAUGUAACAAUACCUUGACAUCGAUGUUAAAACUAGUUUCUAUUAUCCUGUCAAAAAUAUAAAUUUUAAGCAUAAUUUUAAAAAAGCACAUUGCAUGCUGUUUACAUGUAGAGAUUAUUGUUUAUUUUUUAUUUGUAUAUAAAACAGUUUGUUUAUUUAUGUAAGAUUGGUAUCAAUAAUUUGUAAACGUUAUUUUUAGUGGAUUUUGUAAUAAAUUGUUUCUUUAAGAAGC